UAAUGAAGUAGCGUGAAGAGCCCAUUUCAGAAGGAGAGCAAUGGAAACAGAGGAGGACAAAAUUAAAGUAAAAUGUUCCCCCAGUAGAAGUUUCGUAAUUGCCGCAUAAAUCCUUAACCUCUCCUCAACAAAUCCCAUUGACCAUUUGAUUCUACUCCUUUUCAUUUCGCAUGGCUUCUUCAGAGAUCGAAGUGGUUUCAACAACAGAAGCAAACACCCAUCAAACCCAAAACGACAAUCAGGUUGCUAUAGUUGAUGUUUUCUCUGCAGCUGCUUAUGGGGAUUAUGACAAACUCACAAGAUUUGUUCAACAAGAUGCUUCUUCUCUCACUAGACCUGAUCAUAAUGGCUACUACGCGCUUCAGUGGGCUGCUCUCAACAACUUUGCUGAUAUCGUUCAGUAUAUUCUUGAGCAUGGGGGUAAUGUUAAUGCAACUGACAACAAUAAGCAGACAGCAUUGCAUUGGUCAGCAGUUAGGGGUUCAAUUGCUGUGGCAGAUGUGCUCCUGCAGAAUGGAGCUCGAGUUGAGAUGGCAGAUAUGAAUGGGUAUCGGGCAGUUCAUGUUGCUGCACAAUAUGGACAGACAGCUUUCUUAAAUCAUAUUGUUGCAAAGUAUCGUGCUGAUUACGAUGCACCGGAUAAUGAAGGAAGGAGCCCCCUUCACUGGGCUGCAUACAAGGGAUUUGCAGAUACAGUUAGACUACUUCUUUUUAGAGAUGCUAGCCAAGGGAGACAAGAUAGAGAUGGGUGUACCCCUUUGCACUGGGCUGCAUUAAGAGGAAACGUGGAAGUAUGCACUGUGCUUGUACAUGCAGGAGCAAAGCAAGAAUUGAUGGUAAAAGACAAAGCUGGAUUUACCCCGUCUCAGCUUGCACACGAUAAAGGUCAUCGGCAAGUCGCUCUUUUCCUUUCUAAUGCAGAGAAGGUGCAUAGCAACCACUGGAGAGACAAAAUAUUUAGUAGGAAGAUGGGAGAUAUUGGCUAUGCACCUAUUUUGUUUUGUAUUAUCAUAAUUUGCAUCAUCCUCUUCAUCAACUCAGUUCUGACAGCUCCUGGUCUGCCAAAGGUAUCUGCUACUGUUGGACUAUGGUCAUGGAUUGCAAUUUCUCUAGCAUUUGGUGCACUUGUAAUGUUUUAUCAGUGUGCAAGUAAAGAUCCCGGUUUUAUUAGAAGAUUAGAAGAUUUUGAUACCCGUAAAGAUGCUGAGGAUCCCUUGUUGACUAUUGAUCUAAACAAUUCCUCUAUAUGGACAGGAAAUUGGUCUCAACUCUGCCCUACUUGCAAGAUUAUUAGGCCUGUUCGCUCUAAGCACUGCCCUACAUGUAAGCGCUGUGUAGAACAGUUUGAUCAUCACUGCCCAUGGAUAUCAAAUUGCGUUGGGAAGAGGAACAAACGGGACUUCUUCAUCUUUGUAUGCAUGGCAAUGUCAUCAUCUUUCAUUAGUAUCAUCAUUGCUAUUCAAAGGAUUUGGACAGCGCCACUACCCUUACACUCUGAAGAAACAUGGAUUCACCAUGUGCUUGUCCAGCAUCCUGGUGUUGUAGCGUUUCUAUUUUUCGACGCUGUUGUUCUGACCGCUGCUGCCACUUUGACAACAGUACAGGCGUCCCAGAUAGCCAGGAAUAUCACCACAAAUGAAAUGGCAAAUGCUUUUCGGUAUGGGUAUCUACAUGGUCCAGAUGGGAAGUUCCGAAACCCAUAUAAUCAUGGCUGCCAAAAGAACUGUUCAGAUUUCUUCAUUAAUGGUUUCACAAACGAUGAUGAGAUUGCUUGGCCUCCAUUACAGCAAGUUGCCAGUUGAGACACUCUCUUGGUUGUAGAUGAUGCUGCGGAAACACCGCCGCCCUCCCUCUUGAAAAUUCAUUUCAUGUUCCAUUAUUUGUUGACAUAUAAACCUUCUAUCAUUUGGGUUAUACCUUGUACUUUAAUAACCUGCUGAAUUUUACAAUCAAUAUCUGUAACACAAAAAAAUAAAUAAACAAAUGCCUUUAAUUUA